CUCCGGCUUACCUGGCCCCACCCCCCGGAAGAGAAGUUGACGGAGCUUUGGAGAGAGACCUGAGAAUGGGAAGCUGGGUCCAAUAGGGGGUCUCACACCCCCCCAGCAAUACAGAUGCUUGGGGAAGCAUGAACUCCCCCAGUAGUCCCCAGUUCCCUUCAGGGCUGCUCUCAGGAAGCACCUCCCCAAGUGGGGAUGAUGGGUUCUUCCCCUUUGUGCUGGAGAGGCGUGAUUCCUUCCUGGGGGGACCGGGGCCUGGGGAUGAGAAGCAAGAGGAUGAGCCCGAGGACCUGGCUGUGCUGCUUCAGCGAAAGGAAAAGGACUUACUACUGGCAGCUGAGCUGGGCAAGAUGCUUUUAGAGCGGAAUGAGGAGCUGAGCCGGAGUCUGGAACUUCUCAAAGCCCAACACGCUGAACGGGAGGAGAGGCUGCAGCAGCAGAACCAUGAGCUUCGACAGGGGCUGGCGGCCCGCGGAGCUGAGUGGGAGGCUCGGGCAGGGGAGCUGGAGGUCGAUGUGGCUACACUUCGAGCUGAACUUGGGGAGCGGCGCUCAGAGCAGCAGAACAGCGGGCGCCAGCGGGCCCAAGCCCUGAGAGAGCUCAGUGAGCAGAACCUCAGGCUCAGUGAGCAGCUUGCCCAGGCCUCCCAGACAGAACAAGAACUCCAAAAAGAACUGAGCACACUUCGGGGAGACUACCAGACCCAGCUCCUGUUGGGGACCGAGAUGCAGGCCCGACUAGAAAGCCUUCAGGGAGAGAACCAGAUGCUCCAGAGCCGGAGGCAGGACCUAGAAGGGCAGAUCAAGAACCUGCAGGAGGAGGUGGACCAGGGCCAGGGCCGAGUGCAAGCCUUGCAUGAGGAGCUGCUGCUGCUGAAAAGGGAGAGAAGGGAGCACAGCCUAGAGCUAGAACUGGCCCGCUCAGAGGCCAGGGAAGCACUUGUGUCCCUCAAACGUCUCCAGCAACAAGUCUCUGAACUGGAGGAAGAAUCCCGGCUGCAGGAUUCAGAAGUCUCUGGAGCCUCCCUGCAAUCCGAGAUUGCCCACAGCCUAGAUGAGGAAGGAAACCCCCAACUUCCAAUGGCUCCCCAUGAGAUCCACAACCCCAAUGUCCUUCAUGAUUCAUCGAAACCUCAGACUCCUCCUGAAGAGGGCUUGGAGCCCCCUAAGAAGCGGGCUUCAAUGAGUCCUAGAGAAAUAGUAGAAGAGAAGGAGAUGGAAAUGGAACGGCUACAAAAUGAGUUAUCUUUGCAAGUAGAAGAGUUGCAGUCUCUCCGAGAAGAAUUGCAGAGACAAAAGGAACUGAGGGAAGAGAAAGACCCCGAGUCAGCACUGAGUAAGGCCCUGUCUGACCGGGAUGAAGCGGUGAACAAGUCUUUGGCCCUGUCCCUUGAACUGACUAGGAUCUCCUUAGAACGGGACUCUCUUUCCCGGGAACUGCUCAGAACCAUUCACCAGAAAGUGGCGUUGUCUCAGGAACUGGAAGCCUGGCAGGAUGACAUGCAGGUAGUGAUUGGACAGCAACUUCGUUCUCAACGACUAAAAGAGCUUAAUUCGCAGCCAGCAAUGCCCCCCCUCGAUGCCACAAAAUUCUCCUUGGGUAGAGGGACAGGGACUGGUAGCUUCUUCACCAACCUUUUCAAAAGAACCUGAGGGGGUGCUUGGGCUGCGGAUGGGAAUGGUAGUCUGGAGGUUUUUCUAGAAAGGGCUCAGGAUACUAGGGAUUAAGAGAGACAAUGACAUGGGGAUACGGGAUGGCAGAAGGUAAGACUCCA